AUGGCAGUGGCUUUUGAUGCAAUGCUGGCUCGGGUCAAGGAUGUUUGUAAAAGAAAUGGUUUGCUCAUUCUGUCAGUACUGUCUGUCAUAGUGGGAUGUCUUCUUGGAUUCUUCCUCAGGACCAGGCGGCUCUCUCAGCAGGAAAUCAGUUAUUUCCAGUUCCCUGGGGAGUUAUUGAUGAGGAUGCUGAAAAUGUUGAUUCUACCACUGGUUGUCUCAAGCUUAAUGUCUGGACUAGCAGCCUUGGAUGCCAAGACUUCCAGUCGAUUAGGCAUCAUAACUGUCACUUACUAUCUAUGGACAACAUUUGUGGCUGUGAUUGUGGGAAUAAUUAUGGUCUCCAUUAUCCAUCCUGGUGGAGCAGCCCAGAAGGAGAACACAGAAGAGAGUGGAAAGCCAAUUAUGAGCUCUGCAGAUGCACUGCUAGACUUAAUUCGGAACAUGUUCCCAGCCAACCUUGUUGAGGCCACAUUCAAACAGUAUCGCACCAAGAGCAUUCCUAUCAUCAAAUCUAACAAGGCAGCUUCUGAAAGCACCACUCGUCGAUUCAUAAUAUAUGGGGUCCAGGAUGAGAAUGGAUCCAAUGUCCAGAAUUUUGCCCUGGAUAUCACUCCCCCUCCAGAAGUGAUUUACAAAUCUGAGCCAGGCACCAGCGAUGGCAUGAACGUUCUGGGGAUUGUGAUAUUCUCUGCCACCAUGGGUAUAAUGUUGGGCAGAAUGGGUAACAGUGGAGUUCCCUUGGUCAGUUUUUGCCAGUGUUUAAAUGAAUCUGUCAUGAAAAUAGUGGCAGUUGCUGUGUGGUAUUUUCCUUUUGGAAUAGUGUUUCUUAUUGCUGGCAAGAUCUUGGAAAUGGAUGAUCCUACAGCUAUUGGGAAGAAACUGGGCUUUUAUGCCAUUACUGUGGUUUGUGGCCUGGUGGUUCAUGGCCUGUUCAUUCUGCCAAUGAUGUACUUCUUUAUCACCAAGAAAAACCCCAUUGUUUUUAUCAGAGGGAUUCUUCAAGCCUUGCUAAUUGCUCUGGCCACAUCAUCCAGCUCAGCCACAUUGCCUAUAACUUUCAAGUGCUUGUUGGAGAAUAACCAUGUUGACAGAAGGAUUGCCAGAUUUGUGCUGCCUGUUGGGGCCACGAUCAAUAUGGACGGAACUGCCCUAUAUGAAGCGGUGGCAGCAAUCUUUAUUGCUCAAGUAAACAAUUAUGAGCUGGAUUUUGGACAGAUUAUUACUAUAAGUAUCACAGCAACAGCGGCCAGCAUAGGUGCUGCAGGGAUUCCACAAGCUGGCCUUGUGACUAUGGUCAUUGUUCUGACAUCAGUUGGGCUGCCUACAGAUGACAUCACUUUAAUUAUUGCAGUUGACUGGGCAUUAGACAGAUUUAGAACAAUGAUCAAUGUCUUGGGAGAUGCCCUAGCUGCUGGAAUCAUGGCCCAUGUAUGCAGAAAGGAGUUCACCAAGGAUGGUGAUGAGGUGCCACUGAUCUGUGAAACUAAACCCAUCAGCAUUCAUCAAAUCAUGGCUUACCAGAGAAACGGUUGUGUGAAGAACAUGAGUGAGUCUCAUGGACCAGAAACAGUGAAAGCAUUUCAGCACCACAUACCUAUACAAGUGGAGCAAGAACUAAACCCACCGGAAAACCACACAAAGAAAUCCAACAGUAAAGACCACUGCACUAUUGAAAUCAAUGAACUGGAAACAAAUGUGUAAUAGCUACGUCUGAUGGUAUCUGAUACCCAGUGACCUGGUACCCAAUCACUACCUCACAGCUGGAGGGAGGACUCUUAUAUGGAAAAAAAAUGUGGAGUUAUGGUCAGCAUGCUUCUACUGGAGCUAGGAGACUAGUUGUGAUCAGAAAAGAUACAAGGCUUGAAAAAGAUAGGGGGCUUC